AUGCAUCACGCUCUUCAUAUACCAGAGAUCCUCCUCGAAAUUCUGCAGCUCUUUUCAUGGAGGAGCACGCUCGAAACUGUUGAGAAAAGAACCCUAUUCAACUCUGCGCUAGUUUGCCGCCAGUUUCAAAGGAUGAGUCUGGAUCAAUUGUGGAAGCAUAUGGACGACUUGACGCCUCUUUUCCGAUUGUUGUCGCAUUUUAAGAUGCCGCAAGACGAAUCGAAGAUGGGGGAGAUCUGUGGCCCAAUUUCAGAGUCGGAGUGCGUCAAGUUUGGGGCUUACGCUCGAAGGAUUCGGUCAUACGCAAAACGCCGUUCGGAACGUAUCGCACUCUCCGCCUACAUCCAUGUGCUACAAGCCACAAACCAGUUAUGCUUGCUCCCAGAGCUGAAGACUCUCCGCGUGUCCACGAGGACCUCGGAAGACGAAAUCCUUUUACUCAUAUCUCCCUCCCUUCAAAAGGCAUAUUUUCGCGAUGGGCACAGUAGAAAAUCCCAUGUGGACGCCUCCGUUCAUUCAUUGCAAAUGACAGCGCGAAGCCUCACUUGUCUUGACAUUUGGGCAUCAUUUACUGCUGCCUCUUUAAGAUCGAUAGGCAGCAUGCGUCGCCUGAAGAAACUCAAUAUCACUCAUUGGGACACAGCAAAUCCUUGUGGACUGGAUCUUGAUUUUCUCCUCGAUCUGGCGUCCUCGGACACGCUCGAAAAUCUAGACAUCUAUGGUUUCCAACUCAACUCGAGCAGGCCAAAGCCUCUUCAUCAAGUCAUCACGUUUCCUGCGCUCACUCUGUGCAAAUGGACGGGGCUCGCAUCCGUGGGGGUGUUCUUGGAUUUCAUCCAGAAUGUCAAUCUCCCAAAGCUCGUAGAGAUAGACCUCAAAUUCGAAGGUUCCAACCAGAGGGAUAGAAGCGAUUGGGCAAGCUUUUUUCACACCCUUCCCACCUUUGCUUCGCACCUCCGCAGCAUCGAGUUGGGGUUUGCCCCCACAUCCAGGAGUUCUCCUUGGGAAAGCCCCGAAUUGCCGUUUCACAACUUCGAAUGUCUAUCCUCAUGCGACUUAACUAGCCUCGUCAUCGUAAUUCCCAUCUUCUCGGAAUUCUCAUCGGAUCAAAUUAUCGCCAUUUUAUCGUGUUGGAGAAAUCUAAAGACCUUGACCUUCAGGCCCAGGUUGCAGGCAUUGCCUUUCCAGGUCCUCGUGUGGAUCGGGCAGACCCUCUCGAAAUUGCGCUAUCUCUCACUAGAUAUCGACGCGAGCGUGUUACCCGCUGUUGAUUCAGUCCCCAUCCUUGAUCAUUCCCUUGUCCAGCUCAGCUUAUGUGGCGACUUGGGGGAGCCAUGGGACCUUGCUCGUCUCAUUGACAGGAUUUUCCCUCGACUCGACGAUAUCGAGUGUAUGGCCCAGGACAGCGAAGAUACGCAGGACUAUUGCUACAAGAUGCGUCAGUUGCUUGAGGUUUGUAUCAGUGUCAGGAGUGAUGAAAGGAAAAGAUGCCAGGCUGCAUAG